GCGACAAGGCAUUACCAGCUAAAACACAAGCUCUCUGCCCAGAACACGAAAAACGCGGGUGGACCAAGAGACAGGCACGCCACCUAAACUUCAAGAACUUUUCUGCCUGUGAAAACUGAGGUGACUACAAUGAUUGCUGCUCUCACUUUGCUGCUGGCUGGGUGCUUUGAACUACGGCGCAGCACAGUAUCCUUUCAACACCGGCGGGCAGCAAGGCACAUUUAUCAACCCUCUGGGAGCUCAGCCUCAAGGUCCCGUGACCACGAACAUCGGAUUCGCCAACCAACCCACCAACGUGGGUACCUCCCUGGGUAGCUCUUUCGUUGGUGGUGUCAACCCCCAGGCAGGUUUCGGGACAGGGUUUAAUGGUGGGUUCGGGACAGGGUUUAAUGGCGGGUUUGGGGCAGGCCAAGGUUUCGGACCCUACAGUGCGGCCUUUCUCGGUAUGAAAGGGUUCGGGGCAGGGGCCGCUUUCAACCCCGCUCUUCUGGCACUGGCUGGAAAGACUCUGGGGAUCGGACCAGGUCUUCUCCCGCAAGAAAAAGAAGAACCACGAACCCUGACGUGCUUUCGUCUAGAGAAGCAUCCGAAAGCUCCAACCAAAGUCAUGUCUGUCACUGUCAAUGAGCAAGUGGAGGCAAACCCUUACUCAUUCCUGUUCCAAGGUCCAGCCAAGUCGAAAGGCCUGUCGAUGACUGUGGAGGCCAUGCUGACAGACGUGUAUGGCGCCGCCAAAAUUGUCCUCACGGAACGUGGCGCUGUGUCCGCAGGCUGCAACACCCAGUCUCUCGGCCCCGCUCUCUCCGUAAAUAAUGGUGGACCUCAGCAGCUGCCCUACUUGGGGCUUCCCUACCUCAGCCCCUUCGGCAAAAAGGAGAAAGAGGACGGAGUGGUGGGCACCAUCACCCUCCUCCCCAACCGCAAGAGCGCCAUACACGUGGACAACCUGGGUCCCUCCUUCCAGGACCUCUCCUCCCUCGCUGGCAGGGGCGUGGCUUUGGUGAGUUACCUGGACACCGACCACUAUGGCCGCUCCACCAUUCGCGGAGAGGCUUUGUUCUGCUGCUCACUGGAGUGGGACAACAAGCCUCGCUCGUUGCACGAAGAGGGUUUCUCUGUUGAUAUUGCAGAUAUCAAAAAAAGGGAGGACCCGAAAGGUACGACGGAGAGGGCGAUGGUCCCGUCAAAGUCGCAUAAUGUUGGAGAUACAGAAACUAGCACGCAAUCUGAAAAAUAUACUGAAAAAUACAAUAAAAACAGUUUUAUUCAUAACGAUUUCCCUGCCUACUCCACUCAGAUUGCUCAACCAACUCAAGUCGAAGACUUGUUUGCCUUUCCGAAACAAAUUGCCGAUACAGCUACUGGACAAAAAAGUUUUAUAACUCCCAAAGAACAAAACUACCCCUUCGAUCUCCAUCAGAAACAGAUCUUCCCAGAGUUCGCAGAAGAAACAGCCGCCAAUGUACUUCAAGACCACAAAAAGGCACUCCCGUCACACCCUGGUGGUACGCAAUACCCGGAGCUCGUGUCUAAGAACCCUCCGGCGAGUGACCAUUUGAAAGACCCAGUGUACACCGCACGUAACGAAGAAGAAUCUGAAAAUGGCGUCUUUAUAAACAAAAAGAAAGCGAUAAACCAAGAUUAUGUCGACACCAUAUCAUCCCCUGGUGUUGCGAACCCGAAAAGCGACUGGCUACAUGGAAAUCUAGAAGAAACGGAGCACUCUUCAGCCUCAGCCACCGGAGCCAACUCUUAUUCAAGCCAUGAUGCUACCCGGAACUUUCCGCCAAAAUGAUACUUUUGCGGACGCCGCUCCAAAAGGUCUGAGUGACUAUGAAGAAUUUUUAAGAAGGCAGCUGUUCCGGGUUGAUAAUUCACUCAAGUGGCUCGAGGAGUCGGGAUUCUCCAUACCUACCUCCGACGUUCACAACAGUUACGGUCGUUAACACAACCUACAGUACUGACGCCGUUGGGUUCAGCAGUUACCUGCAACCGCUCAAGUGCAGAAGGGAGAGCGUGACUGGUGGGAAAAUCUGCGAAUAAUGCUGAAAUCUGUAAGUGCAUUGGUACAGAAAACAAGAAAAGCCUUGGAUAGUAAUAUUUUUAUAAUUAUUUCAACCCUUCCCCGUAAUAAAAUACGUCCUUCCCUCCAACCAACCACCCCCACAAAAAUUACGACGUUGGAUUGAUUCCAAAGAACCGAGACUUUGAAAAGAAAAAAGUGAAAUUAAAAUAUACGUUAUUUAUUCAAUUUCAAAAUAGAAACUUUGUCCGUGUUCAGGUACCAGGAAUUAGUUUAGCACCAGGAUUUAGUUUUACGCCGGAUAGUGAAGAACACUGGCGCGAAAGCUGACUAGCCAUGCAUGACUCAUGUCUUUAGCGAGCGGUACUGCACACAGCAACCUGUUAAUAAAAUGUUCUUAAUUCUUUACCUUAGUUCCAUGCAUUCUUGAAUAAAAUAAAGAUCUCAAAACAGAUUGACCUAUAAUAAAAGAAAUAAAGAAAGAGGAAAAAACUGAAA